ACAACAAACGAUGCAAUCUCCUAAUCUGAAAACCAAAGAGAAACUCCAAGUUAUUGAGACUUUUAGUGGAGAUAACUUGUCUGAGAAGUUUCAAAAGAGGGUUAUUGAGUUUGUCGGUGAUGGAUGUGAAGUCAACUUCGUCAUGACAUGGAUAUCAUCAGCAGAGUUCUUCGGCAAAAGAGAGGUAUUAGCUAUUGAAAGUGUCUUUAAGUCUCAUCCUCGUGGUUGCUUAAUGAUCCUAUCCGCAACCUUGGAUUCUCCUCAAGGUUAUACAAUCUUCAAACCGUUUCUCGAUCGUGGUUACAAAGUUCUUGCAGUCACACCGGAUUUGUCUUUUCUACUCAAAGGAACCGCGGGAAAAUCAUGGCUCGAGGAAAUAAAGACUGGUAAAACAGACCCCGGGAAGAUACCUUUAGCUCAGAAUCUCUCAAACCUCAUGAGGCUUGCUUACUUGUACAAAUAUGGAGGUGUUUACUUAGACACAGACAUGAUUGUUCUGAAAAGCUUCAAAGGUCUUAGAAACGUGAUUGGAGCACAAACUCUUGAUCCUUCGUCGAAAAAUUGGACAAGAUUGAACAACGCGGUACUAAUAUUCGACAAGAAACAUCCUCUGUUACUCAAAUUCAUCGAAGAAUUCGCUAACACUUUCAACGGAAACAUAUGGGGAUACAAUGGACCGUACCUUGUUUCUCGAGUGGCUAGAGCCGUGGAAGGUUCUAGUGGCUAUAACUUCACCGUCAUGCGACCUUCUGCUUUCUAUUCGGUAAACUGGCUCGAGAUUAAGAAGUUGUUCAGAGUGGCUAAAACAGAGAAAGACUCGAGAUGGGUCAAAGUCAAGCUUCUUCAUAUGCGGAGGAGCGGCUAUGGUUUGCAUCUGUGGAAUAAGUUUAGCAAGAAGUAUGAAAUUGAACAAGGAAGUGCCAUGUGGAAAUUGGUUUCAGAGAACUGCAUCAUCUGUGACACUAGUUCUGCAUCAUAAUUCACUGUUUCAAUUUGUUCCAUUAGUUUACACACACACUGUUGAUAACUUGUUGUUGAUAAAUGAUAAAGAAUUUAAAAACCUUCACGUCUUAUUUAAAGCCCAAUAAGAAGUAAACAAAUCGCCUUCGCUUUAAAGCC